AUUCACCCCGAGUGACAGUCAAUGCAGUAACACGUUAGCAGCUCGGUCUUUGAGAGGGGAAGACGACGUUUUGAGGGGUAAACAUCACAGCGCGCACUACUUGCCGCUUCGCGGAGGAGUUUUCGACGCUGCCGGGACUCGGUGUGAGCCGAGCUGAAUGGAGGCAGCCUCUUCCUGGUGGAUAAACAGUGACAGCUACAGGGCAGCCACCUAGACCCAGCACACAGGCUCUGGCGCUGCCCUGGCAAACAACACCAAAAUGGCUUCAGACAGUACACACAUCGCGCAGUUGACUUCUGAACUGUACUUCCUAAUAGCCCGAUUUCUAGAAGCUGGACCGUGUCAGAAAGCAGCCGAGACCCUGAUAAGGGAGGUGGAGGAGAAGGAGCUGCUGCCCAGAAGGCUGGACUGGACGGGGCAGGAACACCCCGGGACGUACGAAAAUUUGGUGAAGCUCUACAGGCACAUCACUCCAGACCACCUGCUGCAGGUCUGCUCCAUAGUUUGUCCACUGCUGGAGAAGGAGGUCCCUGCCAGCGUUCCUGGACUUACCAGCCUUCUGGGGGCCGGCAGGCAGAAUCUCCUGCGCACCACCAAGAGCUGCAAGCAUGUUGUGUGGAAGGGCUCGGCGUUGGCUGCGCUGCACUGUGGACGACCACCGGAGCCGCCUAUUAUUUACGGGAGCCCACCAAACAUUGUGGAGACGAGCCACGGCCGUCGACUGAACGGCUCCUACCGCCUCCGCCAGCUGGUGCCCACGGCCGUGUACCAGCACAUGAAGAUGCACAAGAGGAUCCUGGGACACCUGUCGUCCGUGUACUGCGUGACCUUCGACAGGACGGGGCGACGCAUCUUCACCGGCUCAGACGAUUGUCUGGUGAAAAUCUGGGGAACAGACGACGGGCGUCUGCUGGCGACCCUGCGCGGCCACGCUGCUGAGAUUUCCGACAUGGCCGUCAGCUACGAGAACACCAUGAUUGCUGCUGGGUCCUGUGACAAGACCAUCAGAGUGUGGUGCUUACAGACCUGCGCUCCUCUGGCUGUCCUGGAGGGACACGCGGCCUCCAUCACUUCACUACAGUUUUCUCCUCUCUGUUGCGGCUCCAAGCGCUACCUGUCCUCCACCGGAGCCGAUGGCACCAUCUGCUUCUGGCAGUGGGAUGCACGCACGCUCAAGUUUGGUCAGAGGCCGAGUAAAUUCACAGAGCGCUCCAGACCUGGCGUCCAGAUGAUCUGCUCCUCCUUCAGCGCAGGUGGAAUGUUCCUCGCCACAGGAAGCACGGAUCACAUCAUCAGGGUGUACUACUUUGGGUCGGGCCAACCUGAGAAGAUUUCUGAGCUUGAGUCCCACACAGACAAAGUUGACAGCAUCCAAUUUUCACAUUGCAGUGACAGGUUUGUGAGCGGCAGCAGGGACGGUACCGCUCGAAUCUGGCAGCUGCAGCCUCAGGGCUGGAGGAGCAUUCUGCUGGACAUGCAGACCAAAUUACCAGGGAAAUACAACCCUCCUCCGCUGGAAGACAAGGUGACCAAAUUGAAGGUUACCAUGGUAGCAUGGGAUCGCCAUGACGGCACGGUGAUAACAGCAGCCAACAAUCUGACGCUGAAGGUGUGGAACUCCACUACCGGGAAUCUGGUCCAUGUCCUGAUGGGUCACGAGGAUGAGGUGUUCGUUCUGGAGCCGCAUCCCUUCGAUCCGAGAAUCCUUUUCUCAGCGGGGCAUGAUGGGAAUUGCAUUGUGUGGGAUCUGGCCAGAGGAGUGAAGAUCCGCUCUUACUUCAACAUGAUUGAGGGUCAAGGACACGGAGCACUGUUCGACUGCAAAUGUAGUCCUGAUGGGCAGCACUUCGCAGCCACCGAUUCCCACGGACACCUGCUCAUCUUUGGCUUCGGUUCUAGCAGCAAGUAUGACAAGAUAGCAGACCAGAUGUUCUUCCAUACCGACUACCGGCCACUGAUCCGGGAUGCCAACAAUUACGUGCUGGACGAGCAGACUCAGCAGGCGCCCCACCUGAUGCCCCCUCCCUUCCUGGUGGACGUGGACGGGAACCCGCACCCCCCCAGAUACCAGCGGCUGGUGCCUGGCAGGGAGGGCUGCAGGGACGAGCAGUUGAUUCCUCAGAUGGGGGUCACGUCCUCAGGCCUAAACCAGGUGGUGAGUGAGCAGGCAGUGGACGGCUCCAGUCCUCUGGAUACCAUGAUUCAGAGGCUGCAGCAGGAACAGGACCAAAGACUGGGCGCAAAUGACACCAGGUCCAGCAGAGGAUCCGUGGGUUCGCCCACAGAGGUACACUCCCCACCCAACGUUGGUCUCCGACGCAGCGGGCAGAUCGAGGGGGUCCGCCAGAUGCACAGCAAUGCCCCUCGCAGCCAGAUGGCCACAGAGGGAGAUCUGGUGGCCUGGAGCCGCAGGGUGCUGGUUCCUGAGCUGGAGGAGGCCACUGUCAGGAGACAAGUGAACUGGCGUGAGGCUAAAGGAGAGGAGGAGAUCAAUAUUUAUCAGUCAGAAAGGAGGAGGCGUACGAUCCACUCGCUCCCCAAGGAGAGCAGGGUUCACCCGACUUCAGAGUGCGUAGUAGACGAGGGCAGGAGGAGUCUGGGUAACCACGGCUACCAAACCCGCGCUGCCAUGGAGGAGACAAGCCGUCAGAGCGCUGAGGCCGCCGAUGACGACGAAAGCACCUCGGAGGGAGAGGUGGAGGUACGGCAAGUUAACGGACAUUCCUCAGAGGAGGAGAAGGAGAAGGAGGAGGAGGAAAAGGAGCCGUGGCCAGAUGACCACAGUAGUUCAAGUGAUUACUCCAGCGACUAUUCUGACUGGACCGCAGAUGCGGGGAUCAACCUUGAACCGCCCAAAAAGAGCGUUAAAGUGAAAAAGAAAAGCAGUGGCUCCGAGGAGGAGGCCGAGAAGAAGAGGGAGGGGAAGAAAGAGAGAAAGAAAGACAAACCAGACAAAGAUGGUGCACUACCAAAGAAGAAAAAGCCAAAGGAGAAGAGGAAGAGGACUGAGCUAGAGGAACAAGGGCUAACGCUGGAGGAGUGGCUUCCCUCGGCCUGGAUCACGGACAAGGUCCCCCGGAGAUGUCCCUACAUACCCCAGAUGGGUGACGAGGUGUACUACUUCAGGCAGGGACAUGAAGCUUACGUGGAGAUGGCCAAGCAAAAAAAGAUUUUCAGCAUCAAUCCUAAGAAGCAGCCCUGGCAUAAGAUGGAGCUACGGGAGCAGGAGUUGAUGAAGAUAGUUGGCAUUAAGUAUGAGGUGGGCUUGCCCACGCUCUGCUGUCUGAAGCUUUCCUUUUUGGACCCCGACACUGGCAAACUGACCGGAGGAUCCUUCUCCAUGAAGUACCACGACAUGCCUGAUGUUAUCGACUUCCUGGUGUUGCGGCAGCAGUUUGACAAUGCCAGAAAGAGACAGUGGAGUAUAGGUGACAGGUUUCGGUCAGUGAUCGAUGAUGCCUGGUGGUUUGGGACCAUUGAGAGCCAGGAACCCUUCCAGCCCCAGUAUCCUGACAGCUUGUUCCAGUGCUACAAUGUCUGCUGGGAUAAUGGAGACACAGAGAAGAUGAGUCCUUGGGAUAUGGAGCCUAUCCCAGAUGAUGUUUUGUCUCCGUCUGCUGCUUCACUCACUGCAGCCACCUUCCCCGACGAGCUGGGCCUGAGCGUCCCGCUGACGGAGGACGAGCAGAAGGAGCUGCUGUACGUCCCUCUGGAUGGAGAAUGGGGCUGCCGUGCGCGCUCGGAGGAGUGCGAGCGCAUCAUCAAAGCCAUCGACCAGCUCUGCACGCUCGAUGUGGCGGCGCCAUUUGCCUUUCCGGUGGACCUUCAAGCUUACCCCACGUACUGCACAGUAGUGGCCUACGUCACUGACCUCAGCACCAUACGCCAAAGGCUGGUGAACCGCUUUUACAGACGGCUUUCCUCUCUGAUGUGGGAGGUUCGCUACAUUGAACACAACGCCCAGACGUUCAACGAGCCGGGAUCAUUCAUCGUCACCACCGCCAAGUUUGUCUCUGACCUCAUGCUGCAGUUCAUUAAGGACCAAAGUCUGACGGACCUCAUGCCCCUCUACAAAACCAUGAAGAAGGCCACCUUCUCUGACUCUGAAGAUGAGGAUGACGAGGAAGACGAUGAAGAUACUAAUACUCCUGGAACAUCCACACGAAAUCAUAAGGGCCGUCGACCCAUGCAGCGGCAACUGCGGACCCGACCUCCUUCCUACGACCCCCAUGCGUGGAGGGGGCGCUGUAAGGAGCUGCUGGAUCUCAUCUUUCAGUGUGAAGACUCGGAGCCCUUCAGAGAACCUGUGGACCUACAAGAAUACCCGGACUACCUGCAAAUAGUUGAAUCGCCAAUGGACUUUGGCACUGUUCUCAACACUCUGACGGAAGGAAAGUACCAAACACCCAUCGAGCUCUGCAAAGACGUCAGGCUCAUUUUUAGUAACUCCAAAGCUUACACGCCCAGUAAGAAGUCUCGGAUAUACAGCAUGAGCCUGAGGCUGUCUGCACUGUUUGAGGAGCAUGUCAGCUCCAUCCUGGAUGAUUACAAGGCCAUCCACGGCCUGACAGAUAAACUGACCAGGCAGGGCUCAGACAGACAGACACGACACACUACAGACAGACAGACACGACAUGCGAUGAAGAGGAGGAGGAGAAGGAGCGAGUCUCCCGCAAGCAGCACCGCCUCCAGCCCAGAGAGGAAGAGACGUGUUUCGUCCAGGGUAACGGCUAAGAGGGAGCCGUCACCGGCUUCUCCGCGCCCCUCCUCUCUGAGACAGAGCCUCCCUGUGAAACAGCCGCCUCAGCUGGUCAACGGCAAGGUGGACGCACCAAGUCCUGGGCGCACGCGCAGUGCCGCACGCCAUUCCACGCACUCUCCCCCCUCCUCGUCCUCUUCACAAACCAUCACGAACAACACACCGAGCACAUCAGAGUCUACUCGCUCGUUGCGGGCUCACAACUCUGUGUCAGCGACGCCAUCACCAGCUCCUGAAAAGGUGACACCCUCCCAGCCCGCAGAAAGUAGCAGUGGAAGCACUCGUCGGAAACUCAGGACGCCUGUGCGACUCACACCCGGUUCCCCCGCCAGUCCUUCAUCCCAGAGCACGGUCCACCUGAAUGGCCACAGUAGUCAUGUGACUCUGGGUGUGGGUAGGAGGGGGCGCAAGUCCAAAAUGGACCCGCCAGUGAGCCCUCCAGAAGUCACAACUCCAGCCAGCCCUUCCAGACCCAGAGGUCGCCCGCCUGGCAAGAAAAGAGGCAGGAAGAGCAAGCAGGAGCCGGAGGAAACGGGAAGGAGCGGCAACCGCAGGAGCUCCACCCCUGACGACGAGGUCGACCACUCAACAGGCGAUGAGGGCGGCGCGUCUUCCGCGCAGGAAACCUCCGUGCUGUCGGACCCCGGCGUGCCCUCGACGCCGAGGCGGCGCGGACGGCCCCGAGUGGUAAGGACUGAGGAACCCGCUCCUCCCCCCGAGUCACCUGAGCCCUCGCCGCUAAGGAGGAGCAGCAGGAGAACCAACGAGGAGGUCACACCUCCCCCACAGGCUGCUUCUCAACGACCCAGUCGGAGGGAGUCUCCGAAGGAGGAGUCAGGGGAGGGGUCUGGAGGGUCCAUGCGCACACGGAACCAAGGGCGACGGUCGGCCUGGUACAUGGAGGAGGACUCUGAGGAGGAGCAGAGGCAGCUGCUGUUCGAGGACUCAUCAAUAACCUUCGGCACCUCCUCAAAGGGACGCGUCCGCAAACUGACAGAAAAGGCCAAAGCCAACCUUAUAGGCUGGUAAGAGAACAGUCUGCUGCUCUGACAGAAGAAAUCCAGCUGAGAUUUCGGAGCUGACGUGCCGGAGGAGUGGCGGCUCGAGCCGAGGAGGUCGUGCUUUGCGUCGUAUGCAUUUGUGUAUGCUUACAUGUGUGUGUGUACAUCUGGGGAGCCCCUGGUCCCGCUGCUGCUAUUUGAAGCUGUGGCUACGGAGAAAGAAACUGUUCAGUUACCUGUCUACUCCUCGUCACUGACCCCACCUUCCUCUGUGCACAGUGCGCACAUCAGAAGUCAACCGAUGGCAUGUUCAUUUGUUCCUACAUUAUUGAUCCAUGUUGGAUCCCACAGGAGCACAUGGAGUCUUAACGCUGGUGGUGUUGUGACUCACUCCUGUCCAGUCAACCACUCUUGAAGUCCGUCUGACCUUAACCACGGUUCGGAGUCAGACCGGGCCAAACAGUCGUUGAACAGACUUUUAGUACUUGAAGAAAUCAUGAGGAGACCGGAUGUAUCUUACUAUUUUUGAGGACUUUUCAAGCAUCUCUGUUGGGUAGAUCAAAGAUGCCCGCGGAGCUGAAACUGUCGGGUCUGGGACGGGCCCCACAGACCGCUUGCCUAACAACGUCCUUUGCCCCCACCCCCCCAACCCCCUCCUCCCCCACCCCCACUCUUCAUUGUCCCCACUCUUUUUUUAUACAACCCGCUCUCUGCUUUUUCUAAGAUUUGUACGUGAUGAUCGGCUCUCUGUUUUGGAAGUCUUACACAUUGGCUGACUCGAGCGUGUAUGUCUGCGCUAAAAUACCAAAUGGCGUACCUUCGCAGGUACUGUAGAUCUGUAGGUUUUGUUUACUAUCGAUGUGUGUGCGUGCGGUUCCGUUUUUGCAUGUCGUUUAGAAGCAAAUUUUUUUUUUUUUUUUUUUUUUUUCUGGAAGCUGUUUUUACUGUGACGAGGAGAGAAAGGAUGCAUGGGUGAAAGGGGUCAUCCACACCUACGUAGAUCGUGUUUCAACGCGUCCUCAACAUUAGCAAUACCUUGUGCCUUUAUGUCUUUGGUGUGGGCGUGUGUGCGUGCGUGCAUGUGUGUGUGUUUCUGCGUGUGUGCGUGUGUGUGUACGCGUGCUUGGCCUCUGCCCUGCAAAGUACUUGUGCCUGUCGGUGUGUGAACUUACUUUGUGACUAUGCGAGAGCGCGUGUGAUGGAAGGAGCGUGUGUGUUUCUAACACAACCGAGCGUGUCAUUCACUUUCAGCGUGCAAACAGUGGCAUACAGUUUGAUCGUUGUGAAACCUCUCAAAGAAAUGUAUUUAUAGAAGUGGAAAAGAAUUUACUGUCGUUGUACACGUACCAUUAUUCAUGUCGAUAUAUUAUCCUAUAACCAACCUAUCGUCAGUUUAUACCUAAGGUACAGAGGGAGGAGCUACGGGGCGACUAGCUUUGAGAUGCACUUACCACAGACCGGUUAUCAAUGCAGUCUUAGGGAGUAAUCAUGUGUAAAAACUGUUAACAUAUAAAAAUUAACUUUUAGUGUAUCGAUAUGUUUCUCUGGUGACCACACACAACAUCACACACACAAUUCUGUCUCGCAUGUUCUAGCACUUUCUCAUGGGUGAAAAGCAAACAGGACGGAGUCGGAUCAAACUGGACCGAAUCUGGACGGAAAGCGAACCCGACAGAGAGAGACAAGUCUUAUAUUCAUCUUUCUGAUUGUGUGCCUUUGCUACUCUGGCAUAUUGAAUCCUCCGUUUCUCCUUUUUCGAGGCCUUCCUUCUUUUAUUGUUUUCUUAUUUGUUUGACCUCCUGUUCCUGCUCGUCGCCGGGUUCAGGGAACUGGACCUCGGGGGCCGGACUGGACCUGACAGGCUUGAACAACAGGAGGGCGGUGGGGGAGGGGUGCGGUGGGGGGGGGGAAAUCAUGUCACAUGUCACAACAGUUCAUAGUGGAUGGCGGCCUCCAUUUUUUGGACAUUUUUUCUGUUUUUCCUCCCCAGCACGGAGCAAGUGAAUGCCAAAAUCUGCAACGUUUCCACUUGUGUUGGGUGAUUAGACUGGGGAGAACUGGACCGUAGCAUCUAUAUACACCCUGUUCAUUUCAUAAAUCACAUAUUACUAAACAUAUAUCAUCAGCUUAUGAUUGGGUUUUGUUUGUUGUUGUUGUAAUUUUUAUUAUGGAUUUGUCAACGCCAAAUUCUGUCUUUGGGCACUGAAGUUUUUCGAACAUGGCUUUUGAAUGUGUUUCUUUUCUAAAGAGGUUUUAUUGUCUGUUUUACGUAUAAUGUGUUUUCUGUCCGUGUCCCUGCCAUACAGGACGACGUAUCAGUGGCUGCAUCUGUGGAGACGGGAUUACACUCUGCCGCACUAAUUUCAGUUAGUCUCACAAACGCUUGGUUUAUACUGUGUAUAUGAAGAGUUUUACUCCAAAAUGAAAUGGCCUGAAACACUGACUCCUUCCUUUUCAAGUGACAGAUGUGAAAUUUUAUUGUAAUUUUUUUUUAAUGAGGUGUGGGGGUUUUUGCUCAUUUGUGGGCAGCAAUUUUAUCAAUUCACCCAUGGCUUUCAUUCAUAAAGUUAAUUAAACUCUUCAUAUGCACAUAAAGGUUUUGGAUGUUGCUUCUGUCUCAGUUGCAGAUAAUCACGUACGCACACAUUAUCUUGAGUAGAGUGCAGGAGCUAAAUUGCUGACCCAGGCUUCUCAAGUUCAGGGUACGGUAUCACUUCCAAACUCCAUGUUUACACUAGCUAACGAAAGGAAAGAGCAGUCUGGAAGCAUAACCAUUUGCAGUGAUUGAAUGGUUUCCCAUUACUUUUAUAAAUGGAAUUGUGGUCAACAUAAUUUAGGUUUUGAUAAGGAUUUACAAAAAGUAUUCACCUCGUUCUAGUUAGUAUUUAGUAGAUCACAGCGCUGAGGGCCAACUUCCUUUUUGCCACGUUCCUUCCAUUUCUUAAUGGUAGGAAUGGUAUGGUCUUUAACUGAACUCGAGGGCAUCUUCUGUGACUUGGUUUUUGCAUCCAUCUCCUGACUUUUCAAGAAACCUUUACUCUGCGUUUCUUUGGGUGUUAUUUUGUCUUCAUGGUGUACCCAUUGGCACGAGUACCGAUUCUAUGUGUACUACAGCCACUUUAGACACAUUCACCACAUUCAGGUCGCUUCCAUUUUACUAAGCGUGAGACUACAAGCACCAGUUGACUGGACCUCUGGCUGAAUACUUGCUCAGUCCCUCCCUUUACAGUCCAUAAUUGUAAUUAAUUGACAUUACUUUGCAGAACUCUGUUCACACGCUUCACAGCAAAGAGGUGGUUUUGUAAAUUGUUAGCAAAGGUGAUGGUGUACCCACAGCAAAGCUGUAAAUUCUUUUCUCUCAAAAAGCCGUUUUAUAUAGACCAUGAUUCCAUUUAUAAAAGCAAUAAAAACCUCAAUGGGAUGGAUUUAGGCCCCUGCACUGCAUAUUGGUGACGUGCACAUCUUGAAUUAGGAACCAACUACAAGUUUGAUUAAUACAGUACGUGUGUCCAGUUAGUAAAGGAAUGGACAACAAUAUGUCAGUGAGUCAAAGUGGACAUCACCCAUACUAUACUCUCUAAUCAUUUUAAAGAGGCCUUAAAAGAAGGUACUGCGUCUAUUCCCGUUUCCUCGAGGCCUCAUUAGGCUUCUUGACUAUAAGUUAUAUUUAUCUGAGAAAUAACUUCUGAAUCACUGGCUCAGCAGUUCAGAGCAGCACUUCUACUUCCAUGUGGAGCUUGUGCAAACAUCCAUAUAUCCAGCGGUAACGUGUGGCAGAGUCGUUCCGUCCGUGGCCUCUGACUGGCCUUCACGGUGUUUGACUGGAGGUUAAAGGUCACAGUGUGUGUGUAUGGGUGUGUGUGUGUGUGUGUUUGUGAAGUGGCUGCAUGUGAGCCACUGGGAAGCAUUUUUUUGGGGGGGGUGGGGGUCGACGAUGAGAGAGUGCUGAAUGAGAGUGGAAUAUCGGAGCGGGGGGGUGGGUUGCAUUUCACGCGAGCUGAUUGAUGAGGUCGUCUUUGUUAGUUUGGAUACUUUUUAUAUAUAAAGGAAUUAAUGCAAAAAAGAAGCAUCGAGCUAGAAUGUAUGUGUAGGGGAGUACUGCUGUCCUGUUAGUUCAUACCAAUAUUUUAAGUAAAUAAACAGUUGUGUUUCCAUAUCUA